AAGGACCUGAAAGAGACCCACCACUUCACCCGAUCACAAAUGGAGGUGAAGUGGAGGAAGUUUUAGAGCAAGCAUCUGAUGGGCAGCCGACAACCAUCGCCUUCCAUUGACACCGACGCCGACGCCGCCGCCGCCGCCAAACGCCGCCACCAAGAGGUGCUCCUCGGCAAGUACGAGCUCGGGCGCCUCCUUGGCCGCGGCACCUUUGCGAAGGUCUACCUCGCCCGCUCCGUCUCGGACGGCGCCGACGUCGCCGUGAAGAUCCUCGACAAGGCGGAGAUGGUGGAGACGGGGAUGGCCGACAGCGUGCUCACCGAGGUCGCCGCCAUGCGCCGCCUCUCCCACCCCAACAUCCUCAGGCUCUACGAGGUGCUGGCGACGCGGUCCAAGAUCUUCCUCGUCAUGGAGCACGCCCCCGGCGGCGACAUCCUCGGCCGCGUCGCCCGCCGCCGACUCCCGGAGCACGCAUCCCGGCGCUACUUCCACCAGCUCGUCUCCGCCCUCCACUACUGCCAUGCCCGCGGCGUCGCCCACCGCGACGUCAAGCCCCAGAACCUGCUCCUCGACCGCGACGGCAACCUCAAGGUCUCCGACUUCGGCCUCGCCGCCCUCCCCGACCGGCUCCGGGACGGCCUCCUGCUCACCGCCUGCGGCACGCCGGCCUACACCGCCCCCGAGGUCUUCCGCCGCAAGGGCUACGACGGGGCCGCGGCCGACGCCUGGUCGUGCGGCGUCAUCCUCUUCGUCCUUCUCGCCGGCUCCCUCCCCUUCGACGACGCUAACCUCGCCGUCAUGUACCGCCGGAUCCACCGCCGCGACUACGAGCUCCCUCCGUGGAUCUCGCCGCCGGCGCGCCGCCUUCUCGUCCGCCUCCUCGACCCCAAUCCCGACACCAGGAUGACCAUCGCCAACCUAUUCGACCACCCUUGGCUCAAGCGCUCCCUCAGCUUGGACUCCCAGCUCGACAACCUCUCGCCGCCCCCUCUCACCGCUGCGCAUGCCAUGAACGCGUUCGACAUAAUUUCCCUCUCCUCGGGUCUCGACCUCUCCCCCUUCUUCGACGACGCAAAGGCCAAGAAGGAGAGGCGCUUCACCUCCACGCACACCAUCGACAACAUCAUGGACACGAUCCAAGUCACCGGAAGCAAACUCGGCUUCGUGGUGGUGACAGAGAAGUCGGCGGCGACGGCGGUGGGGGGUUGUGGCUCUGUACUCUCAGUGGAUGUGUCGGAGGUACUGUCGCCGCUUCUGCUGGUGGAGAUGAGACUGCAGCACGACUGCGUCAGCGACGCCGCCGAAUUCUGCUGGGAGGACGUGAAAGCAGAGCUCGGAGACGUCGUGUUCUCUUGGCACGAAACAGAGCAGCUAGAAUCCUAGCAAUCUCGGGAGGAAUCCAUGGCCACAAACAAUGUUUCAGGAAUCUGUUCUACAUUUUCUUUGCAGUCCCAUUUGAUGUUUGAUAGAUUAAUUAAUUAGCGGAAUGAAGAAUUGUGAAAGGGAUGUGGAUUUGAGGAAAGUUCAUUAGGAAUCAAAAGCAAGGGAUCGAUUGGCGGCUCAGGCAACAUUCUUCUUCUUCCUGUGAUCAUUGUGGGUAUUAAACAAAGCUAUCGCUAUUGCUUAGUGA